UGCAAUGUUUACAUUAGUUUAAACGUCAAAAAGCAUACCUUGUAGCCGUAGCUCUAUUGAAUCGUAUCGCUAUUAAUGGUGAAUGAGAUUUUCUCUACGCUUAAAUGGAAUGGAGGUUAUUCCUAUAAAUAAUUUAUCACUUUCUGGAAAAGUUCAAACAGUCACAGGAGUUGUACCUCCUUCAGCUCUAGGAAAAACAAUGGUUCAUGAGCAUUUAUCAAUGAAUUUUGAUGUUGCUUUUGUUAAACCUAUUGAAACUGAUGUUCAUAAAUCUACUAUGCCAUUUUCCAUGGAAACUUUGGGCUGGAUCCGUUAUAACCCAUACAGCCAUCAACCAAACCUCCAUCUGAAUGGCACCGAGUGUGAGCAAGCCAUUAUUGCUGAAAUGAAGCACUAUCAUUCAGUUGGUGGGGGCUCAAUUGUAGAAUGUACUACUCAUGGAAUUUCUCGAAAGGCACAGUUUCUCCAUGAUGUGAGUCUUCUUACUGGGGUCAACAUCAUAGCUGGAACUGGGUACUAUGUAGCAGCUUCACAGGAUUCCAAACUUUUUGUUGAGCCCAUCGAGAAGCUGGCUGAAGUAAUGCGAACAGAACAGACCGAAGGAUGCCUAGAAGCACCCGCGAUAAGAUGCGGGCUAAUCGGAGAAAUCGGAUGCUCUUAUCCCAUUCACAAUUUUGAAAAGCGCGUUUUAGAAGCCGCCGCUAUAGUUCAAAAUGAACUCAAGUGCCCAGUUUCCAUUCAUCCGGGACGGAAUCCAGCGUCGCCUGCUCAAGUUCUCAGACAUUUUCUAGAGGCGGGAGGGAAGGCGGAUCAAGUGUCUCUAUGUCAUUUAGACAGGACUUUGAUUCAGGACGAACAUGUAUUUGAUUUCGCUGCCAUGGGUUCAUACUUGGAGUUUGAUCUGUUUGGUGUCGAGUGCUCACACUAUCAACUGAACGGCCAGAUUGACAUGCCUAGCGAUGCGCAACGAAUAAAUCGCCUUUAUCAGCUGAUUGUUGAAGGCUAUGGAGAUAAACUUCUGAUAUCUCAUGAUAUCCACACAAAACAUCGACUGGUUAAAUUUGGUGGCCAUGGAUAUAGUCACAUAUUGGAGAAUAUUGUACCAAGGAUUCUUCAGAGAGGCAUAGACAAUUCCUCUUUAGAAAAAAUUUUGGUUGAAAAUCCAUUCCGUUGGCUAACUUAUUUGUGAACUUAAAAUGAACUAAAUUACGCAGUUUAACAAAUUUUUGUUCGUCGAAUAGUUUGGUAGUGCUAGCAUACCAGUGGGCUAGUUAUUUAUUUGUUUAAAGUAUUUUCAUGCAAAUUAUACAUUUAUUCGGAGAAGCCCUUGUUUUCUUUUCCUUUCUCGUCGUCGGAAUCGGAAGAAGACGACGACGAAGAAUCACUCUUAUGAUUUGAUACCGCAGACAGG